GCUGCGCUGCCUCCCUCCACUACUACGCCAGCCACUCUGCCUUCCCUCCCCCACCACCACAAGAACCGCUUCACCAUUGCCGCGUCCAGCUGAGCCUCCUCUUAGCCGCGUCCAGCCAGGAGAAGGCGGGCGCGCACACCUGCUGCUUGGUGACCACGUUCGAUGGAGCUGCACAAGUACUGGGGCGUGGGGGGCCGGCGGUGCGGCAGCUGCGAGGGGGCCCCGGCGGCGGUGCACUGCCGCACGUGCGUUGGUGGAUCCUUCCUCUGCACGACGUGCGACGCCCGGCCCGCGCACGCGCGCCUGGGCCACGAGCGCGUGUGGAUGUGCGAGGUCUGCGAGCUGGCCCCCGCCGCCGUCACGUGCAAGGCCGACGCCGCCGUGCUCUGCGCCGCCUGCGACUCCGACAUCCACGACGCCAACCCGCUGGCCCGGCGCCACGCGCGGGUCCCCGUCGCCCCCAUCGGCUCCGAGGCCGCCGCCGCGGCCGUGGAGGCCAUGCUGUUCGGGACCGGCGAGGCGGCCGCUUCCGAGGCCGACGAGCAGCACGCGGCGGCCGAGCACGCGCACGCGCACGCGCACGCGCUGAACCUCAACGUGGAGGCCAAGGACAUGAAGCUGGACUACCUCUUCUCUGAACUGGAUCCCUACCUCAGCGUCGAGAUCCCGCGCUUCCAGCACGCUGACAGCGUCGUCCCCAACGGCGCCGGCGCUGCCGUCGAGCUGGACUUCACGUGCGGCAUCGGCGUUAAGCACUCCUCCUACAGCUCCUACACGGCCACCUCCCUCGCUCAUAGCGGCUCCUCGUCGGAGGUUGGCGUGGUGCCAGAGGCCUUCGGCGGCAGCGGCAGCGGCGGCGGGAGCUUUGAGCUCGACUUCACAAGGCCCAAGCCUCAGGCCUACAUGCCAUACACCGGGACUCCCCAGAGCCACAGCGUGCCAUCCGCGGACGUGGAGGUGGUGCCGGAGCGGGGAGACUUGGCUGCGGUGAGGCCGGUGCCGCUGAUGGGGGAGAGCAGGGAGGCGCGCCUGAUGCGGUACCGUGAGAAAAGGAAGAACAGGCGCUUCGAGAAGACCAUCCGGUACGCGUCCCGGAAGGCCUACGCCGAGACGCGGCCGCGAAUCAAGGGCCGGUUUGCCAAGCGUGCUGACCACGACGGGGACGCCGACGCCGACGACGCUGAGGCCGAGGCCGAGGCCGCCGUGCCGAUGUCAUAUGUGCUCGACUUCGGCUACGGCGUCGUACCGAGCUUUUGAUGUGCCCGGGCCCAACACGCGCGCACAUGGCCGGCCGCGCGCUUGAACCGGCAUGGCACGCCGCUGCGCGCGCGCCUUGUACUUGUAUCGAUCGAUGUAUAGGGAGGAGUAGUAAUCCCAUGUACUCUCUUUUUGAGCAAGCUCUUGCGUAAACUAGUGAUGUAUAAUUUGUACUACUAGUAAGAAACUGCAGUAGCCGCUGCUAAUGGAUCACCAAUCUAUACCGCGCACAAGUUGUCUUAAACUUGCUAUUCUGAGUGCGGGAUUUUAUUGCACUGUUUUCAAAAAUACACAUCAGUUUUUUUAAAAAAAUUUAAAAUCGUGUAUCUGAAGUUAUAUGCAGAAAAAAAAAA